GCCCCACUUCUUGAUGAAUGCUCACGUAGCCAGUACACUCCUGAAGCAGCAAGAACGUCGAUGUUUAGAGUAUUCACGAUUGCUUCCGCUCCAUCCGCCUCUUCUGACAAACUUGGUAGGCAGCUCGGCGCUGCGUAAUGAAAGCGCUGCGUUGCUAUCGUCUCUUGUCGCUCAUCCACGCGCCCCCACCGCCUUCACUUCGGUCAUCAAGCAUUCCUUGCUCAUUCCCAACCCCUCGCUCCUGCGCACAACCUCGCAACAUGUCGAACGAGGCAGGGUCCGAAGAUCUCUCGCGCUAUCCGCAGCCCAGCGCAUCACAGUCAUCGGAAGUGGUUUCCAAACUCGAAUCUGUGCGAUCACGCAUAGCCUCUUCGAGCCAGACGCACGCAAGACGUCCUCCUCGUCUAGUCGCCAUUUCCAAGCUGCAUCCUCCUUCCAGCAUUCUAGCAGCAUAUCGAGAUGCCGAGCCUCGACAAUUGCAUUUUGGCGAGAACUACGCGCAGGAAUUGAGGGAUAAAGCCAAGGUGCUGCCCAGGGGCAUCCGGUGGCACUUUGUUGGGAAUUUGCAAUCGAGCAAGGCAAAGAUGCUCGCCGCCAUUCCGAACCUAUACCUGCUGGAGACGCUCGACUCUGAAAAGACCGCUACCUUACUGGACAAGGCGCUAUCCAAUCGUUCUUCUACCGACUCGCAGUCCGAGUCCACCAGCGAGCCACUGCGAGUCUAUUUGCAGGUGAACACAUCGGGCGAACUGAAGAAGUCGGGUCUACCGCCACUCGACCCGCAAGGAUCCGACGCCGCCAAGGAAUCUCCGCUCCUGUCUCUAGCAAAGCACGUCAUUCUCCACUGCCCGAAUUUGACGCUUUCAGGUCUCAUGACGAUCGGAUCGCGUUCCGCUUCGAAUUCGGACGACUCGGAAGCGGAGAAUCAGGACUUCGCAACACUUCGGGCCACGCGAACCGCGCUGAUCAGUCGUUUGCGCUCAGAUUCCGAGCUGAGUUCAAACAAAGACGCAUCACGCAAGUACGGUGCUCUCCUCACCACCUCGGACUCCAUUGAAGAAGCUCAACAAGCACUAGAGCUGAGCAUGGGCAUGUCUGGAGAUCUGGAUGCUGCUAUCAGGUCGGGAAGCGAUAAUGUGAGGGUAGGAACGGACUGUUUUGGACAGAGGAUGAGCGAUAGGGAUAAGGCUUACGAGGCUAUGAAGCAUGAGAUGGAUUGGGAUGUGGAGAAUGGCAGACCUGGUCAGGUGGAUGGCGAGAAGAAAUAGAUAGCGCGUUGCGUGUAUGCGUGGCACGGGCAGUUGUGAGCCAAGGGAUUGUGUGUCAGACGUUGAGAAAACCGCUGUGUGAGUCGUGACGU